CGCGACACACACGCCAACUCUUGCGAGUCUUUCUCCCAUUUAAGUGACAGGGGGCCGGUUUUAUGUCAGUUUGCACGUGUUUCUGAUUUGUUUUGAACACAAAUAUAUUAAAACUAUCUCAGCGAUGGAAGUUAAUGAAGACAAUUAUUUUGAUAGCUAUGCGGAUUUACAGAUUCAUAAGCUGAUGCUGGAGGACACAGUGCGUAACAAGGCAUAUAAACAAGCGAUUAUUGAUAAUUCUGCCUUCAUAAAGGGAAAGACUGUAUUGGAUGUUGGGGCUGGCACUGGUAUUCUGUCAGUAUUCUGUGCUCAGGCAGGAGCUGCUAAAGUGUAUGCUGUAGAAGCAAGUGAUACCUAUAAACUUGCAGAACAAGUGGUUAGUGAAAAUGGUUUCAGUAAUAUUAUUGAGGUCAUUCAUUGCAAAGUUGAAGACUUAGUUCUUCCAGGUGAUAUGAAAGUGGAUAUUUUGGUAUCUGAAUGGAUGGGUUUCUACUUGUUGCAUGAAGGCAUGCUGGACUCUGUGAUUAUAGCAAGAGAUAAGUUUAUGAAAGAGGAUGGUUUGAUGCUUCCGGAAUCUGCAACUAUUUAUGCAUCUCCUUGCAGUGUGCCCACAAUGUAUUCUCAAUGGGAUAAUGUUGAAGGCAUUUCAAUGGCAUCGUUUGCACAAAAUUUACGACUUAGCGCCGCGCAUAAACCACAAACAACCACUUUAAACAUUAAUGAUGUGAUAGCAGUGCCAGAAACAGUGUUCUGGUUUGACUUAAGAAGUAUCACAUUAUCAGAAUUGGAUUCAAUCUCAUUGAAACAUGUUGUUGCUAACAAAAGUGGGCUGUGCCAGGGUGUCGCCCUUUGGUUCACAUGCACGUUUCCAUCUUCGGGUACAUCCGAACCUGUGAUUUUGUCCACAGAUCCCGACGAUCCUCCCACCCAUUGGAAGCAAACAAUUAUUGUUUUGCCCAAUGAGAUGGAAGUCGAAAAAGAGGAACCAAUCGCUUUAAAUAUUAACUUAACGCGGGCCGAGAAUUCCCGACGAUACAAUAUAGAACUUUCAAUGUUGGAUCCAGAUGAAGUUGAGCAUCCUCCUUAUUGCCCUUGUCACAUGACAAAAUGUAUUUUGUUCCGCGCUGUUGUGGAUGGAUAUCAAGCUCGCAAUGACAAUAAUUAGCUUCACUUAAAUGUAAGUUCUUUUUAAUUAACAUUUGCAUCCUCCCAAUACAAAAAUAAAAUGUUCGAAUAUUGCAUACAAUUUUGUUACAUAUCACAAGAUAUACUGAAAUGCAUUCAAAAUGCGAAAAUUAAGUCCCGUAAUAGUGUAUAAAUAAAAUCGGCUAAAUAAAUACGUUGAUAGGAAUAAAA